AUGCUCGACUCGGCGCCGAUCGCUGAGCCUCGGGCCGUCGCGCCUAGUCUCCGCGACAACCAGCUCGCUCGCAAGUACGCGCUGUUGGCUCCGAAAGGCAAGGCGACCGCUUUGAACAUAUUGGAGGUGGCUCGCUGGCACGGGAACCAGGACUCCGAAAUGCGUACGAGCCUCGACCACAAAGAGCGUGUCACCUGGAUGAAGCAUAAUUGGGAGAAACACGCGCCUCCUCCGGGAGGCCACUCGAUGUGGAGUCCCACUGCCCUCGUCAUGGAGGAAUAUGUGAGGUCGCACGCGAGUCCUCAUAUCAUGGACACCGUCCCUGAGAAUGGAGUGAUUUUGCCGCCCUCGCCCCCCUCCUUCGUGGAUACGCGCUCCCCUACCCCCAGCCCUUAUUCCUGGAACACCCCUCGCCACUCUUUAGAGGCUGCUAUCAGUCGCAAACGGGCCUCGUACGAUGCGCAGGCGUCCUUCGGACCGCACGUCGAUCACGGCGGAGGAUCUAUGGAGCUCGAUUCUCGGCGGAGUAGCGACAAUUACAAGAGCUCGAGGCAUGGAGGCGGAGACUCGGCCUAUAGCUCCUUGUACAUCAUCACUUCCAGAGGCGCCUCCCCGAACAGCAGCCGCAAGCGAUUGCGAGAUUUUGCUCGAUUUGGAGACCGGUGGUCAUAG